UCCGGACUUGACGUUGUGCGGCUACCCUCGGGGUUUAUUUGGCUCCGGGGCCUCUCGCCGCCGCCAUUAGGAGCCCGCUGCGUCCGAGGCAGCCCCCCCUCCUCGCUCCCCCCUCCCCUCGGCGUCCCCCCGCCUCCGCGCCUGCUCUCCGCCCCUCUGCCCCCGCCUCCGGCAGCGGGAGCCGCGCGCGGGUCCGCGGAGACCAUGUCCUGACUGUGGGGAGAGGGCGGAGGCGGCAGCAGCGGGGCGGGCGGAGGCGCGGAGGGAGGCGGAGAGGGGCCGGGCUCGGCUCGUCGCCGCGGGCUGCUCGGGGGGGAGUCGCCGCCGCCGCGGCUGCCGGGCGCCGAGCGUCGGACGGGGAGGAGGAGCAGGAGCUGGAGGAGGAGCCGCCGCCAGGAAUAGCUAUUCACAAUUCUGCAGAACCACUUACUACAUUUUGCAGUAUCUCCUGAGGAAGUCAGAAUCUGAGCCACCAUGACGACUGAGUCUUGUCUUUGUUCUGAUUUAUAAACUGUGCUUUCAUUCUGACCAUGUACAACAAGGUGGAGGUUAUAGCAUGGAAACUAAAAUCUUACUUCCUGCCUGACAUAACUCACUUCAAGAAGUGCACAAUGUCAGAACGUGGAAUUAAGUGGGCUUGUGAAUACUGUACGUAUGAAAACUGGCCGUCUGCGAUCAAGUGUACCAUGUGUCGUGCCCAGAGACCUAGUGGGACAAUUAUUACAGAAGAUCCAUUUAAAAGUGGUUCAAGUGAUGUUGGUAGAGAUUGGGAUCCUUCCAGCACCGAAGGAGGAAGUAGUCCUUUGAUCUGUCCAGACUCUAGUGCAAGACCAAGGGUUAAAUCUUCAUAUAGCAUGGAAAAUGCCAAUAAAUGGUCAUGCCACAUGUGCACAUAUUUGAACUGGCCAAGAGCAAUCAGAUGCACUCAGUGCUUAUCGCAGCGUAGGACCAGGAGUCCCACAGAAUCUCCUCAAUCCUCAGGAUCUGGCUCAAGACCAGUUGCUUUUUCUGUUGAUCCUUGUGAGGAAUACAAUGAUAGAAAUAAACUGAACACAAGGACCCAGCAUUGGACUUGUUCUAUUUGCACAUAUGAAAACUGGGCCAAGGCUAAAAAAUGUGUUGUUUGCGAUCAUCCCAGACCUAAUAAUAUUGAAGCAAUCGAGUUCGCAGAGACUGAAGAGGCUUCUUCAAUAAUUAAUGAGCAAGACAGAGCUCGAUGGAGAGGAAGCUGUAGCAGUGGCAACAGCCAGAGAAGAUCGCCGCCGACUAUGAAACGGGACUCGGAGGUGAAAAUGGAUUUCCAGAGGAUUGAGCUGGCUGGUGCUGUUGGCAGCAAGGAGGAACUUGAAGUGGACUUCAAAAAACUAAAGCAAAUUAAAAACAGGAUGAAAAAGACUGACUGGCUGUUCCUCAAUGCUUGUGUGGGUGUUGUAGAAGGUGAUUUAGCUGCUAUUGAAGCUUACAAAUCGUCGGGAGGGGACAUUGCCCGCCAGCUCACUGCAGAUGAAGUCCGCUUGCUGAAUCGCCCUUCUGCUUUCGAUGUUGGCUAUACUCUGGUACAUCUGGCUAUACGUUUUCAGAGGCAGGAUAUGCUAGCAGUAUUGCUUACAGAGGUGUCUCAACAAGCUGCAAAGUGUAUUCCUGCAAUGGUGUGUCCUGAACUGACAGAGCAGAUCCGUCGUGAGAUCGCUGCCUCUCUUCACCAGAGAAAGGGGGACUUUGCUUGCUAUUUCCUAACUGACCUUGUAACAUUUACAUUGCCAGCAGAUAUUGAAGACUUGCCUCCAACAGUCCAAGAAAAAUUAUUUGAUGAGGUGCUUGAUAGAGAUGUUCAAAAAGAGUUAGAAGAAGAAUCUCCAAUUAUAAACUGGUCAUUGGAAUUGGCUACCCGUUUGGACAGUCGACUGUAUGCACUUUGGAACCGGACUGCAGGAGACUGCUUACUGGAUUCAGUACUACAAGCUACCUGGGGCAUUUACGACAAGGACUCGGUGCUUCGGAAAGCCCUGCAUGACAGUCUGCAUGACUGUUCACAUUGGUUUUAUACACGUUGGAAAGAUUGGGAGUCCUGGUAUUCUCAGAGCUUUGGUUUACAUUUUUCCUUGAGAGAAGAACAGUGGCAAGAAGACUGGGCAUUUAUACUGUCUCUUGCUAGUCAGCCUGGAGCAAGUUUGGAGCAGACUCACAUUUUUGUACUUGCACAUAUUCUUAGACGACCAAUUAUAGUUUAUGGAGUAAAAUAUUAUAAAAGUUUUCGGGGAGAAACCUUAGGAUAUACUCGGUUUCAAGGUGUGUAUUUGCCUUUGUUGUGGGAACAGAGUUUUUGUUGGAAAAGUCCGAUUGCUCUGGGCUAUACAAGGGGCCACUUCUCUGCUUUGGUUGCCAUGGAAAAUGAUGGCUAUGGUAACCGAGGUGCUGGUGCUAACCUGAACACCGAUGACGAUGUCACCAUCACGUUUCUGCCUCUGGUUGACAGUGAGAGGAAGUUACUCCACGUGCACUUUCUUUCUGCUCAGGAGCUAGGUAAUGAGGAACAGCAAGAAAAACUGCUCAGGGAGUGGCUGGACUGCUGCGUGACUGAGGGGGGUGUUCUCGUGGCCAUGCAGAAGAGCUCUCGGCGGCGAAAUCACCCCCUGGUCACGCAAAUGGUAGAAAAAUGGCUUGACCGCUACCGACAGAUCCGGCCUUGUACAUCCCUAUCUGAUGGAGAGGAAGACGAAGAUGAUGAAGAUGAAUGAAAAAAAAAAAAAAAAAAAAUCCAAGAACAGAAGACCAAGGGAUCAGCUCUGUGCGGGACCCCACGAGUGUGUUGCUCCCAGCAGAGCACACGGCAUGGAAUGAAGCGAACCUGGCAGGAUCUGCUUGGGAGGGUUUUUUCUGAUCCAUACCCAACAGAGAUGAUGUGUCUGCUGCAUGAGGAGACAGAACUUUGGACUACAGUUUGUAAAAAAGAAACAAAAAACUAAUUUUAUUAAGACAAAACUUUUUUCCUUUCAGAUUGUAAAUCUGUCUAUAAAUGUAACGCAUGUGGUUGUGUAAGAAGUUGUGUAAUAGGAAAAGUUGUACCAGCAUCUUCAUAUUAUUGAGAAGUUUUUCCAGCAUGGGCACCUCCAAAAGCACAUGGCAGGUCACUCUUUGUUCCUUUGAGAUAAUUCUUUUUAAAGUAGAACCUGGCAUUCUACUUCCAUCUGAAAAGAUCCAUUUUACAUUCUGUCUCACUAGAGCUCGGUAGAGAUUUGGAAACUUUUUGUACAAAUUAUCCAUAGCAAAACAUAAAAAUAAAAACAAGCUUUUAUUUUUUAUUAG